AUGACCCAACCGGUCCACAGCCGCAUCCUGUGGCAUCUUCACUGUGUUGCCUUGCUGUCGGCGUCCGUUCUGGGAGCUCAGCCCGACACCAGCCAGGACCGGAACCUGAUUGUCGGCGGUUUCCGGGCCCUCAUCGAUGACUUCCCGUACCAGGCCGGGGUGUACUACGCGGGCACGCUCAAGUGCGGUGGCACCCUGAUCGGCCCACAGUGGAUCCUGACGGCGGGCCACUGUGUUCCGCCGGACAAGACGCCACUCUUUACGAAGGUCAUCGUCGGGACGGCGGAACCGGAGCGGGCGCAACCGCUCGAUGUGGUCAAGGUUUACCGGCCACCGCUGCCACCGGGCAGCGGCAAGGCAAUCGACGUAGCGCUUCUGAAGCUGCCGAAACCUCUCUUCUUCACCGCCAACGUGCAGUGCAUCGACAUGAUGACGUCCGCGGAGCCGGCGGUGCUGGAGGCGGGCAAACCGGGCACCAUCUCCGGGUACGGGUAUCACCGGGAGGCCGAGUAUUUCGACAACGACCGCGCGCUGAGGGCGGCCACCGUUACGCUGAUGUCGGACGAGGAGUGCCGGCGGGACUAUGCGAACGCUUCGGAGCUGACGUUCUGUGCCGGGUUUCCGGGCGGACUGGUGGACAGCUGCCAGGGCGACUCCGGGGGACCGAUCGUGGUGGAGCAUGUGCUGGCCGGGGUCACGUCGUGGGGUUUGGGCUGUGCCCGACCGAAUAAACCCGGCAUCUACAUCAAGGUGACGGCGUUCCGCGACUGGCUCGAUGAGGUGGUGGAGUCCCAACCGACGGCCCGGGAGCGCCAGCUCUGUCCACGAUCGACCCAGGACGACUACAGGGACGUCCGAAGAUAA